CCUUCCCUAGAAGUACUCUUCAGAAGUGAGUAGUACGAAGAUGUCGGGCACCGACGCAUCCUCCGCUUCGCUCAAUACGAGUGCCCUAGCGAGCCACCUGAACUUUCCCGGUCUCGAUCGUAUCGGUAUCCGCAAGCGCCUCGCGCUGCAAGCCCAGCAGGAGACCGACCCGGACGAGGUAGUCUACAUGGAUGAAGAGGGUAUAUACCACUCCGUACACCCUGCGUAACCUCAGCGCGUUGGGGGGGGGAAACCUAUCAUACAGCUAACCUCGAGUAGAACAGGAUAAGCUAAUCAAACAAUUAAAGUACGAGGAUUCUAGCAAGAAUGAUUUCUUUACCGUUUGUCUUCCUUCCUUCCUUCCUUCCCAUAUAUAUACAUUGUAAAGAGGAAAAAAAAACAAAAGGAACUAAUACCACCUCCAGAAACUAAUCUUCAUCCUCGAGAUCGCCCAACUCCCCAUGUUCUUUUUCCGCCUAUGGACGGUCCCGAGCUGGUGCGACCUCCUUAGCAUAGCAUCCAUCCUAAUCUCCGCCCUGUGCGUCCCCACCACGCACAGGCUCGAGGACAGGGACGAACUCGCGCCGGAGCCGGAGUGGGUUCCCGACGCCCUCGCGCUGAAUUUGGUCCUCUCCGUGGUCGUCGCGGGGAUCACGCUGCUGAAGCAUUAUGUCCCGCCCGAGGGCAUGAAGGUUACGUUUCAAUUGAGCGCGUAUGAGAAUAUGGGGCUUGUCCCUCUUGGUGAGAGUUCCUCCAAGUUACCUCUUUGA